GUUGAAGAGUAUCCCGUAGAGGAGAAGGAAGAGCGCAAAUUAAGCAAUGGGUGGAUUAUUCAAAGAAUGCAAGCCAGAAAUGGCCAUGCUUGCACUGCAAUUCUGUUAUGCAGGGCUUAAUCUAUCAAACAGAGCUGUUCUCUUGCAAGGCUUCAGCCCCAGAGUGUUUGUUGUCUACAGGCAAGCAGUUGCCACUUUGGCAAUGGCUCCUAUUGCUUACUGGACCAGGCGGGUUACUGGAACAAGUAGUUUGGGAUGGAGGAGCUUUUGGCUGAUGUUCUGGUCUUCUCUUCUUGGAGUAACAAUCAACCAAAACAUCUUCUUGGAGGGUUUAUUUCUAGCCUCCUCGUCUCUGGCUAGUACAAUGGCAAAUCUAAUCCCGGCCAUAACUUUUGUAAUGGCAACUUCCAUUGGAAUGGAGAAACUAAACGUAAGAAGCGUGAGAGGUGUAGCCAAGAUCAUAGGGACUGUCUUGUGCGUUGGGGGAGCCAUUUCAAUGGCGCUGUUCAGAGGCCCAAGCCUGCUGAAUUCCAAAUCUCUUGUUGGGUCGGGAGGCCAGAACUGGUUGAUUGGUUCUCUGUUCGUCUUGGGAAGCAGUUGUUGCUGGUCUCUUUGGCUAAUUUUGCAGGUGCCAGUGUCAGCGAGCUGUCCAGACAGCCUAUCAUUAUCAGCUUGGACGAGCUUCAUGGGGACGCUGCAAUCAGCAGCAGUAGCCAUCUUCCUAGAGAGAGAUCCAAAUGCUUGGAAUUUGCAUUCUUAUCUUCAACUUGUCGGCUGCUUAUAUUCGGGAAUCGUAGGAUCUGGAGUUUCCUUUUUCAUCCAGGCAUGGUGCAUCUCACGGCGAGGCCCGCUCUUCUCGGCAAUGUUCCACCCUCUCUCCACGGUUAUAGUUUAUGCUUCUGCCGCUUUCUUUUUACAUGAGAAGAUCUACAUUGGCAGCUUGAUAGGUGCAGCUGGUGUGAUUGGAGGGUUGUAUAUUGUGCUAUGGGGUAAAGCCAAAGACCUAACCGCAGAUGAAGAUCAGCUUCAAGAACCAGUUUUGCAAAUUAGGGUUGAUGGUGAGAGCAUGAUCAUCAGCUCCAAGAUUAUGGAUUUUGAGAAACCCCUUCUGUCUGAGGAAUCUGUGACUGUGAGGUAAUUAAAUAUUUAUUUUACAAUCCAUCUGAUCCAGAACAAAUGUGUCCUUGGAUAUGAAAAUUAAGUGUUGAAUGUUAAACUUCCAUUUUAAUGUGUA